AUUUGCCAAAUAUGAGAGUCUGAGUUGUUCACUGAGGGAUUAGUGGGAGGCCAGCAGUGUUGGGGAGAGAUCUCCAGCUGGCCUCCUCCAGCCCGCCAGCCUGGUCCGGAGCUCUUCCACCACACCCAGUAUUACCUGGGAGCUCCCCCGCCGACACACACACACACCCAAGAAUCCAGCGAGACCCUCCACUUUGCUGGACUGUCUUUGGCCUCAAGCAAACAGGAAAGUUGUCCCACUGAUAUGGGCCCUUCUUAAGGAGGCUGCAGACAACCAGGCCCAUUUUUCAGAUAGGGAAACUGAGCCAGAGCAACCAGCAGCAACUCAGGAUCCAGCCGCAUCAGGAUGGGGUGCGGUGUGGUCAUGAGACCACGGCAGGGGCAUGUCCCGUGUCCCAACUCCUCUCGGAGUCCCCGGGUCCAGACUGUCUUCCUGCCUCAGGUCAUGCCCUUCUGAGAGGGGGGAAGAGAAGACAGGGCAAUUUAGGCAUUUUGGGGAAUUGGCGGUCUUGAGAGGAAAAGCUGUGUCCUUUCACUUUCAAACUGAAAGGCUCCGCGGCGGGCAGCCUCCCGCAUCUGUGGCUGCCUUCCCUCCCGAGAGGUGGGGGUGUGGCUCCUUCCCCUUCAUCCUCCUCAGCCCCAGCCCCUGAGGUUAGUGCAGGACUGAACUUUAAUCCAGAACAAUCUGGUUUCUCUUCUGUUGGCGGGGCGGGUGCCUUCCCCACCCCCACCCCUGGAUGAGGGAGGGUGGUGACUCAGUCUGCCUGUGGACAUCUGUGUCCCCUGGUCCCAGCACCCGGGGUGGGGCAGGAACCAGAAGUCUCCAGUGCCUUUCCCCCACCCCCAGGUGUGUUGUAAGCAGCCUGACCCUCCCCCACACGGGGAGCGAGUGUUGCCAGAUUCCUGGGCGUUUCCUCACUGUUGGGAGAUGGGACCUCAGGGAAAGUCCCAGCCAUGGGAACAAGGAGGUCUUCUCCUGCCGGGGCAUCCUGCUGGCCGUGAACUGGUUCCUGGAGCGGGGCCACACAGACAUCACGGUGUUCGUGCCGUCCUGGAGAAAGGAGCAGCCCCGGCCGGAUGUGCCCAUCACAGACCAGCACAUCCUGCGGGAACUGGAGAAGAAGAAGAUCCUGGUGUUCACACCGUCGCGGCGCGUGGGUGGCAAGCGAGUGGUGUGCUACGAUGACCGCUUCAUCGUGAAACUGGCCUUCGAGUCUGACGGGGUGGUGGUUUCCAACGACACGUACCGGGACCUCCAGGGCGAGCGGCAGGAGUGGAAGCGCUUCAUCGAGGAGCGGCUGCUCAUGUAUUCCUUCGUCAACGACAAGUUCAUGCCCCCCGAUGACCCCUUGGGCCGUCACGGGCCAAGCCUGGACAACUUCCUGCGUAAGAAGCCACUCACAGCUGAUCACAGGAAGCAGCCAUGUCCCUAUGGAAGAAAAUGCACCUACGGAAUCAAGUGCCGGUUCUUCCACCCGGAGCGGCCGAGCCGUCCCCAGCGCUCCGUGGCGGAUGAGCUCCGUGCCAAUGCCCUGCUCUCGCCCCCAAGGGCCCCCGGCAAGGACAAGAGUGGCCGGCGACCUUCAUCUCCGUCUCAGCCUGGCUCCCUGCCCCCAGAGCGUGAGCAGUGCAGCCUGGAAGGGAAGAAACUGGGAGCCCAGGCAGCCCCAGGGUCCCACCGGGAGGGUCUGACCCAGACCUUUGUCCCAGUGACCACAGGCAGGAGCCUCCCACCCAGUGGGGGCAGUGGCAGCAGCUUUGGGCCCACGGACUGGUUCCCACAGACCCUGGAUUCCCUCCCGUACACCUCUCAGGACUGCCUGGACUCGGGCAUCGGCUCCCUGGAGAGCCAGAUGUCAGAACUGUGGGGGGGUCGAGGAGGGAGCCCUUACGCUGGCUACAACCCCUAUGAGGCUAAGCUCCCAGCCGCUCCGACCUUCUCUCCAGCCUUCGGGCGGGCUGUGGGUGCCGGCCACUUCAGUGUCCCUGCCGACUACGCACCUCCACCGGCUGCCUUUCCACCUCGAGAGUACUGGUCUGAGCCAUACCAGCUGCCCCAACCCACCCCAGUCCUGCAGGAGCCCCAGGUGCCCAGCCCAGGGGCCGACAGGGGCACAUGGGGUGGGGCAGGCGGCCUGGCCAAGGAGCGAGCCAGUGUGUAUACCAAGCUGUGUGGCGUCUUCCCCCCACGCCUGGUGGAGGCCGUGAUGGGGCGCUUCCCACAGCUCUUGGACCCCCAGCAGCUGGCUGCCGAGAUCCUCUCCUAUAAGUCCCAGCACCUCAGUGAAUAGGAAACCCUCCCAGGGCUGUCCGGCUGGACUGCGGGCCAUUGAGCAGCCCAUUCUCAGCCCACGGCCCACCCUGGAGGCUGGAAAGAGGGAGGAUUAAAGUAGGGAAGGGAACCCACAAACCAAAGAUACUGUAGGAUUGGUUCUGACCCACUCGGCACCUCUAGCUGUCUGCCUGAGUGGGUCAGAAGUGAUCACCCUGUUGAUGCACAUUGUAUCUCUGUAGUUUAAGGAGACGCUGCCGGUAACGGCCGUCGGUCCGUGGCUAAAGCCCAAACCCUCCUUUCUCUCAGGGCGGGGAGGGAGGCUGGGGGAGCAGAGGCCUGGGCUGGGGGCCCUGUGCACGGCCCCCCACCUCCACCCCGUCCCUGGGGUGCCAGUCUUGGCUGGCUAGUUGGGCACCGUGUGCCUGCCCUCCAAGGGCCCCUCCUCUAAGCCAAUGAGGCCUCACCCGUGCUCUCUCGGACAUGAGGCUUCAUGUUAGUAAGCAAGAUGCUUCUUAAUAACCCACCUGUCCACUCAGUUCGCCUAUCCCAUCACCCCUGCCAGGGGUCCAGAGCCCUCUGCCCCUACCCCCUCUUCCUCCCCCUUCCUCUGCUCUUGGAGUCAUCUCACCCUUCCCCGCAGUGGGGGGAGACACAUGUAAUGUUAAUGUUUUAAGUGGAAAGUCCUUGCCUCCCCAACACAUCAAUAAAGUACAAUGUGAGCCCUUUGAA